CGGAUUCCCCCAAGAGGACCAGAUCCCUCCCAACCCCUCCAUCUAUUACCUGCCUGCCCAAUGGAUUCCGAGGCGCCUGGCGGCCCUCCCCUCUCCCGCUGCUGGGGCAGGGAGGCCGGGGGAGGGGGCGAGUCCGACGCCGGGUGCCCUUUUCCAGGGGAGCCGUGCUCGGCGGGAUCCCGGCGGUGGCGGGGGAGGCGAUCCCUUGCCGGCUGCAGCGCUGCCGCUUGGCUGCUCCCCUCCAACCUGGCCGUGACGCAAGCAGAGCCUACUUAAAGGCGGCGGGGAGGCGGGCAGCGAGACACCGAAGGCGACCUCUGCCUGGGCUGCGCAGCGCCAGGCGAUCGCCCGAUCGCCGCCCAGGCUGGCUCCCGGGAGCCGCCGCCGCCCUGCCUGCCAGGCAGCCGGGCGACCGGUGUGGAGCCUCCCUCCGCGGGGCGGCCGGCCCGGGCCGGAAUCGCGCCCUUCAGCCGCUAAGGGAGCGCCGCCGCCGCUCUGCUGCUGCUGCCACCCGAGCCUUCGCCUCCAGAUGAACCGCGAUGGGGGAAUGGACCAUCCUAGAGAGACUCCUCGAAGCCGCCGUCCAGCAGCACUCCACUAUGAUAGGGAGGAUUCUGCUGACCGUGGUGGUGAUCUUCAGGAUUCUUAUUGUGGCCAUUGUAGGAGAAACUGUUUACGACGAUGAGCAGACUAUGUUUGUGUGCAACACCUUGCAGCCAGGCUGCAACCAGGCAUGUUACGACCAAGCAUUUCCCAUUUCUCAUAUUAGAUAUUGGGUGUUUCAGAUCAUCAUGGUAUGUACUCCUAGCCUCUGCUUUAUAACGUACUCUGUUCACCAGUCUGCCAAGCAGAGGGAAAGGAGGUAUUCCACUGUCUUUCUUACUCUGGACAGAGAUCAGGACUCCAUGAAACGGGAUGAUAGUAAAAAGAUUAAGAACACCAUUGUCAAUGGGGUGCUGCAGAACACUGAAAAUUCCACCAAGGAAGCAGAACCUGACUGCUUGGAAGUGAAGGAAAUUCCCAAUCCAGCAAUCAGAACAACAAAGUCAAAGAUGAGACGGCAAGAAGGCAUCUCUAGAUUUUAUAUCAUUCAGGUGGUCUUCAGAAAUGCCUUGGAGAUUGGAUUUUUGGUGGGGCAAUAUUUUCUGUAUGGAUUCAAUGUUCCCUCCAUGUACGAAUGUGACCGGUACCCUUGCAUUAAGGAAGUGGAAUGCUACGUUUCCAGGCCCACUGAGAAGACUGUCUUCUUGGUAUUCAUGUUUGCCGUUAGUGGCAUUUGUGUGGUGCUCAACUUGGCUGAACUCAACCACUUGGGUUGGCGAAAGAUCAAAAUGGCAGUGAGGGGAGUGCAAGCCAAACGGAAAUCAAUAUAUGAAAUCAGGAACAAGGACCUGCCACGUAUGAGUGUGCCUAACUUUGGCAGGACUCAGUCUAGUGACUCCGCAUAUGUGUAAGACUGUGACAGAACCAGAACACAUUGCUGAGUAUAACUGACCUAGCCGACAUUAGAGUUAGGGAAAGAACAUUGCAUAAGCAAUUUUUUCCUCAAACCACCAAGAAAGCCGUUAAGGUACUGGAUCUGCACUUUCUGAACCAGAUACACAACUGAGUGCUAAAUAAAAGACUGAUGAAGAAACAGCUAUACAACACAUUCAAUCUGGCCUUAUAGCUCAACCCCCCCCCCCCCCAAAUGAUCCAGCUAUCUGUUGACUGGAGCAACUUUGUGGCCAUCAUUAGGAUGCAUUUGUCUGCCUAACUGAUGAAACCAUGUGCAGAAUGUUAUAUUCAAAAAUAGCAAGGGAGUCAUUUAUUGAGGGAAGGGUUGUGGGAGGGUAUUGCAGCAAUAUACAAAUGCAAGCAUGUCUAUAAAAGCAGGGGAGGGGAGGGAGGGGGGAUUUGCACUGUCAGGGCAUAUGACUGCAAAGACAGCCAGUAUAUCCAUGAGCUUCGUCGGAGGGAUGUCUGUCUGGCUACGUCACACAGGUGAUUUACCGUACUGUAUAUAAUUAGCAUUUUUCUAUCAUUGUUUUGUACAAAAACCAAUUACACAAAAAACAGUAGUGCUGAAUCUCAUUUUGCCAUUUUUUGGUUUGCCUGUCUGCUCACACCAGAGACCUUAAUUAUCCUUACGCUAGUUACGAUCUACCAAAUUCAUUAAUACAUUUUAGGAAAAAAUUUCCCUGCUAUGUGCAUAAACAAGAUGGAAUGAUCUAAAGUUCAGCCAAGUUAUGUAUUUAUUGGAAGUUUUUUUAUACCAAAGGAGCAGAAUUUAUCGCUAUUAACUGUGAAUAUAUGUCACCACCUCUUUGCUCUUAUUUAUAUAAGUGCCAUACUUGAAGUUAAAGCAUCUAACUCUGUAUUUACUCAAAGGCUUGGCUAGGGGUCCCAACUUGAAACCACAGGGUUUUUAAAUUUCCUUUUGUUUUAUUCAAGCUAAUCUUUAUUUUUCUUUAGUUACUGCAAUGGUGUAAAAAGCAGCUGAUAACUAUAUUGAUAAAUAAAGUAAUUGCCUUUUUGUAAAAUAGGAAGUUAACUUUCUUUUACAUAUGCAUAUAUGUCAAUAGCAUUGCAUUGUUAUAUGAAGAUGAAAUUUAUAUGGAUAUCUAUGUAGAACAUAGGGAUUAUUGUAUUACAGCCUCUUUUAUAUUCAUGGCCUGGAUAAUAUCCAAAACAUUUGGAUAACCAGUUAUAGGGUUUGUUUUUUACAAUGACAUGGUGCUAUAGUAGGACAAUGAAUUUACAUAAGUAGGAGAUGCGGCAUAAUUCAGAAAAUGCAGGUUCUAUUUUACGUGAGUGUGUGGUGUGUGGGUGAGUGUGUAUUCUUGUCUCUUCACUCUCAAGUUUUAUUUUAUUUAAUUCAUAAUUAUGGGAGUCCUUCAGGAACAGUAAAGAAAGAUUUUCAAGGAGAAGUUUGGUUUAUUUGGCCCCUGAAAUAGAGUGAACUAUGGUCUGUCCUGUGUAUAUAAUAGGAUACGUGUAUAAAUGCACUUGAUGGAAUGCAUGUAUUCAGAAAAGUAACUUGGACAUUUAAUAAAACCUCAAUUACAUUGGAAAUGACCUCGUAACAUUGGAAAUAUGCAAUUCUGUGGUCUACAUUUUCUGUUACCUAAAAUUAGUGUCAGUGAUAUCUUGGGUGUCUACAAAUACUUUUUUGGAGUGUAUGUAUUUGAAUACAUGCAUUCCAAUAGUGAUUAAAUGUGUGCAUUAUAUACAUACACAAUGGAUUUAUAUUUCCAUUAUAUAAUCUAGAGGCCACUAAUGUAAAUGGGAACUUUUUCACUGACAUCUCUAGGACUUGGUAGGUUACUGAAAGCAUUCCAUAAAAGAUAUUUUGAUUAAUGGCAGCUUUUUUCCAUUACUGACUAUUUUUACUGUGAUGUCUAUAUGAUCCAAGUUUCUAAGAACAUGAGGCAUUUCAGGGACACUGUAGGUCAUCUAUAUCUGAAGUCCUGUUCAUAUGUUAUCUAGAAGUGGGAAAAAGAGGAGUACCUCACAGUUCCCUCUCCUCCUUGCUAUUGCUAUAAUGUGUGAAAUGAUAUACAUGAAUCUCACCACAAUCUGAACCACCCCUGAGUCAUAAGGCUGGCCUCAGCUUAUCAUUUUUGAAAUGCUAGAAUAUCUACUGAAAUGGGUCUAAAACUACCUUUAACAUUCCUUAAUACCUACAAAAUCAUCCUCCCCCCCCCCAUGCCCGAGUACAAUGAAGGAGAGAUAUCCAUAUCUGGAUCCACAACUGAGAGGCUAAAUUAGAUUAAUCCAGAUUCGCCAUCUGAAUACAGAUGUCAUCUGAUCUCAUUGUACUGCUUUCAGAGUGAUUAUAUAUUCAGAUGCAGGUCUAGGUGAGUUUUCCCUUCCAUCCGUAUUCUGGUGGGACUAGUCAAGUGGCAUGACUAAUCAUCUAAGACUAGAGUUAGAGUGAAGUGACUGGAUAACAAUGAUGACAAAAAUGGAUCAGGCAAGUCUCAAAAGAUCAGCACAAACUAGGUUUUGAACCAAUUCAGCUUGGUAAUUCCCACUAAAGGAUGGGAAAAGAUUGGGUGGAAAACAUGUUAUCAUUACUGAUGGAAACGAGAGUGUCCAUUUUAGAAUGUUUUUUGUUUGUUUCACAUGCCUAUAUGCUUGCCUGUUUAAACAGAUGAGUUUAUGUAGUAAGUUUGCAUUUAUUUUGAUGUACUGUCUUAAUUUCGGAAUAUGAUAACCCAUCAACCACUGUAUUGUGUUUUACGCUUGUGUAAUUUGUUCACCAUUGUGUGUUGUUUCAGCGGAGGAAUAUUUGGAAAAUUCAGGGCAUGCCACUCAAAACAUACUUGUUUACUGCAGGCAGUUAUGUACAUCAUGCAAAAGCUGUUAUUGAAAACAGAACAAGAGGUGUUGAUGCCAUGGUCUUCAGACUAUGGAGCAACGCCUCUAAGCAACUCACUUUUGCUUCAGUGAGGCCUGUGUGGGAGCAGCACUUGGACCAAGUCCUAAGUCUAUAAUCCUAAAUACACUUGAUGGGAUGUAACAGGUAACAGCUGGUUGGUCCACACAUACAUAGACCACUGUCCAUUUGAUGAGUGAAUCAUGUCUACUGAGUAUCGGAGCUGAUUCCACUGAAAGUCAUGGUGUCUGAGGUGACAUGAAGGCUGUGGUAUCAUUUGCAGGGUUACAUAUGUGGCAACCCAUUCACAUAUACAAGCCAUUAUUUGAUAUUGGAGUCAUCAUGUAAUAAACAUGCAUGUGUGAACCAACCCAUCUGCUCCAAUCAAGUAAGUGUGUUUAGGACUGGGGUCCUGUGCAGGUUGUUCAGGUUGCACCAUCACGUUGGGUAGUGCAGGAUUUAGGCUGAUGUAAAGACAUGCCUUUAUCAUUAUGUUUCUAUUAAAAUUGAAUGAUUUAAAAUUAUCGAUCUUUCCCUCAUUUAAAUACUGUUUCAGUGCAUCCUCCUACAAAGUAAUAAGUAAUGCAGAGCAUGAAUGUUAUUUUUAGAAGGCAAACAUGGCAGCUAACAAUUUCCAUCUGCAGAAUAAUAAGCGCCUAAAGGUUAUUUUUUGAUACGACAAAAAAAAAAAUGCUCUUGGCAAAAUUGAUUUUUAUUUUAUACACUAUUGGAAUAAUCUCAACUGCUCCUUUAAAGGAGAAUUAGGUUAUUGGUAGCAGUAGUAGUAGUAACAAUAGCAGCACUAUCCAUAGUAGAACAGGCAGUAAUAGUAAUUGUAGUAUUAAAAAUUAAUGCAUAACUUUAAUGCACAAGAAACGAUGAGCUGUGUAGAAAGAACAUGCUUAAAUUCCCUAAUCAAUGACAAAAUAAAUACUUAGGGACACUAUUUCUGGAUCAUGCUCAGCAUAAUUAAAUGUGUACAGAUGUUAUAGUGUUGUCUGUAACAUAGCUUCCUUUUAGUAUAUAUAGGGGGGAAAUGGUGCAACAGCAUGCCUUGAAACCUGUCAGGUGAUAUAUUUCAAUGCUUUUAGUGAAAAGCACAAAAAGGGUAAAUAUGAUAAAAGCAAUUGUCUGUUACUCCCACCCUCCCCCACCACUAUGGCAGCUUUUAUAUAGGAAAUGCACAUCUUGUUGGGAACCAUAGGCAAUGAAUGCACAUCUUGAAACAUGCAAUUGGAAGGGAAUAAAAUGGAAUAUUAACAUGA